CAGCUAUAUAAAACUUUCACCAUCCCUCUGUGACAGGACUUCACUCACAGAGAUCUCCUUAAGGUUGAACUGUGAGAACUUGCGCAUCUGAACCUCUCCGACUAACUCUCCCUUCCUAAAAAAGACAAGAAAAUGAGAGAGUGCAUCUCUAUCCACAUUGGGCAGGCUGGUGUCCAGAUGGGCAACACGUGCUGGGAGCUGUACUGCCUGGAGCACGGCAUCCAGCCUGACGGCCAAAUGCCCAGCGACAAACCCAGCGGUGGCUACGACGACUCCUUCACCACCUUCUUCAGUGAGACCGGCACCGGGAAGUACGUUCCCAGAGCCAUCUUUGUGGACUUGGAGCCUACUGUCAUUGACGAGGUGCGAACCGGAACCUACCGUCAGUUGUUCCAUCCUGAGCAGCUGAUCUCAGGAAAGGAGGACGCUGCCAACAACUACGCCCGAGGCCACUACACCGUCGGGAAGGAGCACAUAGAUUCUGUCCUCGACAGGAUCCGCAAACUGUCUGACCAGUGCACUGGACUCCAAGGGUUCCUGGUCUUCCACUCCUUCGGAGGAGGAACCGGUUCUGGGUUUACCUCGCUGCUCAUGGAGCGGCUGUCAGUAGACUUUGGAAAAAAGUCCAAGCUGGAGUUUGCCAUCUACCCAGCUCCUCAGGUAGCAACAGCCGUGGUUGAGCCCUACAACUCUAUCCUGACCACCCACACCACCCUGGAGCACUCUGACUGCGCCUUCAUGGUGGACAACGAGGCCAUCUACGACAUCUGCCGCAGGAACCUGGACAUCGAGCGGCCAUCUUACACCAACCUCAAUCGCCUCAUCAGCCAGAUCGUGUCCUCCAUCACCGCCUCCCUGCGCUUCGACGGCGCUUUGAAUGUAGACCUGACGGAGUUCCAGACCAACCUGGUGCCCUACCCUCGCAUCCACUUCCCGCUGGCCACCUACGCCCCGGUCAUCUCUGCAGAGAAGGCCUAUCACGAGCAGCUCACCGUGGCCGAAAUAACCAACUCCUGCUUCGAGCCAGCCAAUCAGAUGGUGAAAUGCGAUCCCCGUCAUGGAAAGUACAUGGCCUGCUGUCUGCUGUACCGCGGCGACGUGGUGCCCAAGGACGUCAACGUCGCCAUCAGCAACAUCAAAACCAAGCGCAGCAUCCAGUUCGUGGACUGGUGCCCCACAGGCUUCAAAGUGGGCAUUAACUACCAGCCUCCCACCGUGGUGCCCGGCGGCGACCUGGCCAAGGUGCAGAGGGCCGUGUGCAUGCUCAGCAACACCACGGCCAUCGCCGAGGCCUGGGCCCGACUCGACCACAAGUUCGACCUGAUGUACGCCAAGAGGGCCUUCGUGCACUGGUACGUCGGAGAGGGGAUGGAGGAGGGGGAGUUCUCGGAGGCCAGAGAGGACAUGGCCGCCCUGGAGAAGGAUUACGAAGAGGUCGGGAUUGACUCCUACGAAGAGGAUGAAGAGGGGGAGGAGUAUUAAAACGAGACGUUUUGGAGAAACCUCAUCUAGAAGCUGAACGAGUGCUGAUCUGCUGUUUUAAUGGUGGUUUGUGGACCGUCGUUAAACACCGUAGACUGGCAGUUUUAACGAGCUAAAUCCUAUCGUGUUCGGUUUUAUUAAAAGCUAACUCCUAAACGUGUCUUUUAUAAUAAAGCUAAUUACACCAACA